AUGAUUCUGAACCCCGAGAAAUCCCUCAGCCCUGUGGGGGUGGCGGGCACAGGGCUGCGUCUGCGAGGGGGGGGAAGCACUGAAGAUGUGCUGCACCUGGAGAGAGCCAUGACUCACCUGCGAGAGUCGGGCUGGUAUUGGGGCUCCAUCACAGCUGCUCAGGCCAAGGAGGUGCUGGGCGGAGCCCGGGAGGGGUCCUUCCUGCUGCGGGACAGCUCCAGACCGGGCUAUCAGCUCACCCUGUCAGUGCAGACCAGUCUGGGCCCCACGCACCUGCGCAUCGAGUCAUCAGGAGGGACGUUUGGGUUCGACUCGCUGGCGAUGGCCAGGCCCCGCCUCCAACGUUUCAGUGGAGCAGUGCAGCUGGUGCAGCACUACGCCCUGGCCUGUCGCAGCCGACCACACCCCUCAGACUCACCCACACAGGAGGAGGAGGGCUCUGAUAGGCCCCUGCAGCUUCAGCUCACCCGGCCCCUGUAUAGGACCACCCCGAGCCUCCAGCAUCUCUGCCGUAUCACCAUCAACCAGCACUCAGACGCCCGCGGUGACCUCCCUCUGCCCGGUACACUGAGAGCCUUCCUGCAGGAGUACCCCUUCCUACUGUAG